AUGAAUGAAAGAGUGAAUUCACACCCCUGUGACUCUUUUGGGCAAUGUUGAUCACUAAUUUGGUUCCUCAGCUACUGAGCCCUGAGUCUCACUGCUCUAGGCUGUGACUUAGGAGCUUGCAAGGCAAAGGACUUUCAGGGCACAAAGCCAGGGGAGGAGGGAAUCCACACCCUCCCCUGUCAAACCCACUGUUGAGCGGAUGAAAGUGAAACUCAUUUAGCGUCUGUUUCCUGGAGAAAAGACUCAUGGCUCAGGCUGCUGCGAAUCUGACUGAAAAUCUCCAGAAUGAAGCCACUUGUCCCAUCUGCCUGGACUCUUUUAAAGAUCCAGUGAUCACAGAGUGCAGCCACAAUUUCUGUGGGGCAUGUAUCCGUGAGUACUGCAAGGAAUCAUCGCGAAACCUCUCCUGUCCUCAGUGCAGGAAGACAAUCCAGCCAAGAAACUUCAGGCCCAACAGGCAGCUGGCAAACAUGGUGGAAAUAGCUGUGCAGCUCGGUGUCGAAGCAGCAAAGAAAGCGCGAGAGAUUGUGUGCAAGGAGCACAAGGAACCUUUGAAGCUCUUCUGCGAACAAGACCAGAGCCCAAUCUGCCUGGUAUGCAGGGAGUCCCGGGGGCACAGGGACCACGCCGUGGCGCCCAUAGAGGAGGCAGCGCAGGCCUAUAAGGAAAAGCUUCAGAGCAAUUUGUGUUUCUUACAAAAGAAGAGAGAAGAAUUUGAACCAUAUGGAGAAGAGAAAAGCGACGAGCUGCUGAGACAGACAGAAUUGGAGAGACGGAAGAUUUUGUCGGAAUUUGAGCAAUUGCAUGAGUUUUUGAGUGAACAACAGUGCCUUCUUCUGGCGCAGCUGGAAAUGCUAGAUGAGGAGAUUUUAAAGAGGCGGCAUGAAUAUGUCACCAAAGUGUCAGAGAAAAAGUUACUACUCAACGAACUGAUCAGCGAGAUACAAAGGAAAUGUUCCCAGCCAGCGACAGAAUUCCUUAAGGACAUUGGCAGCACCUUGAGCAGGUGUGAGUGUGUGAAGGUCCCAACUCCAGAGCCAGUUUCUCCUGUGCUGAAGAAGAGAGUCAGCGACUUCUCUGAAAAUAAUAACCUUGUAACAGGGGUGCUGGCCAUGUUCAAAGAGGAUCUGCGAGCUCAGCUGGAUAAAGAAAAAGUCAACGUGACUCUGGAUCCGGAAACAGCAAAUCCCCACCUCAUCCUGUCAGAGGAUGGGAAAAGUGUGAAACUCAGAGCGGGGCGGCUGGAUGUGCCUGCCAAUCCCAAGAGGUUCAUGUCGAGCCCCUGUGUCCUGGGAUCUGAGGGAUUCACAACAGGGAGACACUAUUGGGAGCUGGAGGUUGGAGAUGGGGACGGCUGGGCUGUGGGGGCUGCCAGAGAGUCUGUGGAGAGAAACAGGCCGUCAGUGCUUCAGACGGAAGGGAUCUGGGCUGUACGUCUGGGCUGGGAUCGUCAAUACACAGCUCUCACUUUUCCUCCAACCCAUCUCUCACUUGACGAGAAGCCCAGGAAGAUCCGAGUUCACUUGGACUACGAAGAGGGGCAAGUGACCUUUUACAACGCAGAGAACAUGGCCCAAAUCUUCAAUUUCUCUGCCUCUUUCAAUGAGAAAAUCUUCCCUUACUUCUGGCUCUGGUCCCCAGAAUCAUGUAUCCAGAUGUGUCCCUGAUGGUAUCAAGCUUCUUAUAGUGGCUCUCACAUGAGAACUCCUGCACACUUGACUGCAGCUGGAGAAAGAGAGGAUUCAUUAAAAUAACGCUAACUAACCAAACGCUCAGAAAUUAUCUGCUUGUAUUUCUCAUUGCAGUAAGUUCAUCUGCACUCGUUACCCAGAGCCUUGGGCUGGAUCAUCUCCUUUGUGUAUUGCCAUAAAACUUUAGUGUCUACUGGAUGUUCUGUACUGCCCCUUUAAGUGUUGAUGCCAGGUUUUCACCACAAAAUUCAUAGCUUCACUCUGCUAGCACACUUAUGUCAGUCAAGGGUGUGAUGAGGUGUAAUUUGUGACCCACGAAGCUGUGCUGGCAAAAGCCCCUAAUGUAAUACUUUCAAAUGUGCACUUUUACCACUAUAGGUAAGGCUAAGAUGUUGUCAUGGUUAUUUUUAGAAAAAGACAGGGACAGGUCUUGGGCAAUAAACAAAAAUUUACAGAAGCCUGUGACCUGUCCCUGUCUUUCGUUAAAAAUAACUCUGACAACAUGGGACUGAUCCGGAGCCCUGCUGCGGGAGAGGAGGGAUGGAGGUCCAGCACCCACCGCCACUGCGGCUGACAGCUCUGGGGUCCCCCCAGUGGCUGAGAGCUGCAUGGCCCCCACCCCCUGUAGCAGCUGAAAGCAGCAGGGGCCCGUGCUGGCUGACAGUUCCAGCCCCGCCAUCCCCUGGUUGAAACAGAAAAUGUCACGGAUUCCGUGACUUCCAUGACCUAAUCUUAGCUCUAACUAUAGGUUAUAUCUCUUGGAAGGGAUACAGUCACUUAUGCCAACCAAAGCACAAUUUUGCCAGUAUAAGCUGUCCAUACUAGGAGUGCUUUGCUGGUAUAAUACACCGGUAUUCUUACACCAGCAAAGCCUUCCAAGUAGGAACCUGGCCUAAGAGCUCUGCCUUUUUGCAGUGACAGCAGCCAUUUUGUCCCUAGAAUUGCUGCAGCCUGUUACAAGAGAGAGACAGACAAACUUAAUUCCUACUGUGAGGCAGUUGCAAAUCCUGUUUCUACGGCACUCUGUGAGUGGGGUUCUGAGCCUUCGUGUUUUACAUCUAUUUGAGACCUUGGGCAAGUUACAUGCAACAAUGCUUUUUUUUAAAAAAAAAGGUUAAGAAAAACAAAAAAUGA